GAAAGGAGUGGUGCUUACACAGACAUAACAAACUUUUUGAUGAAACGGGAGCAACAUACUGAACUUAGAGGAGAGAAGCUGAAACCAAACUAUUGAUACCAUCACAUUAAUAUUGAUUCGAUACCAAUACCAAUGUUAGUAUUGAUUCUGUUGACAUUUGGAUCAAUCUUCCCAACCCUGACAUCAAGUGAGUAAACUACAUGAGCUAUGGCUGCAGUCGACGCCUUUAAAGUGUCCUCUCUGAAGGGGAAAGUGGCUUUGAUCACUGGUGCCAUUUCGGGGAUUGGAGCCGGAACCAGCGUUCUGUUCGCCAAACUGGGAGCCCUGCUGGCCCUCAACGGCCGGAACAUGAGCAACCUCAACAAAGUGGCGCAAGAGUGCACCAGCUGCGGGGCUGCCGAGCCUUUGCUCGUACCUGGAGACCUGACUGAUGAGAACACGGUGAAAGGGAUCGUGGAGAAAACUGUUGCUCAUUAUGGCAGACUGGACAUCCUGGUGAACAACGCAGGUAUCCUGAUCAUGGGCGGCAUCGAGACCUCGGAUCUGUCGCAGUUUGAUAAAGUCAUGAACAUCAAUGUGAGAUCUGUGUACCAGCUGACUCAGCUUUGUGUGCCUCACCUGAUCAAGACCAAAGGCUCCAUCGUCAACAUAUCCAGCAUCAACAGCGAAAGAGCAUUCCCUGGAGUCCUCGCUUACUGCAUGUCCAAAACUGCCCUCGAUCAUUUCACCCGCUGUUUAGCAUUAGAACUGGCACCAAAGCAAGUGAGAGUGAACUCUGUUCGCCCUGGUGUGAUCAUUACAGAAGUCCACAAAAGAGCAGGAAUGGAUGAGAAGGAGUAUGCUAAGCUCCUAGCUGAGUGUAAGCAGACCCACGCCCUCGGUCGACCUGGUGAAGUAGAAGAAGUGGCCCAAAGCAUUGCCUUCCUGGCAUCAGAUGCUGCCAGCUUCAUCACUGGAGUCAACCUGCCCAUUGACGGAGGCCGUCACGCCAUGUGUCCCUUUUAAAAUCUCUGUAAGAUGUGUGUCUACUUACUGCCCUAAUAUAGUACUUGAACCCAAGAGUCUGUUUUUGUGCUGAAUACGACGACAGUCAAAGUCAUCUUCUUAACACCAGUACCUGAACUGAUGGGAACUAGGCGGUACUUCAAGGACAUAGUUGUUCUCCCGCUUUGUUACAGCAGCAGCUGUAGGUGUUUGACAGAUGUAAAAUAAAUUGUACAGUGUUGAAGUGCACGCCCAGAAAAAGGCAGU